CCAGCCGCUCCGCCCUCUUCCUGCCUUCCGCCGACCAUCUGCUGCGCCUGCGAGGGGCCCGGGGUGGCCGGGAGCAGCGCUUGCCGCCGCCUCCUCCUCCCGGCUGGCGGCUCCAUGGGCGCCCCCCGGCUCUGCAGCGGCCCCGCCGGCUCCGCGCCGUUCUGGGACUGGAACCUGACCUGGCACACGGAGCGCCCAGAUUUUACCCCGUGCUUCCAGAACACGGCCCUCGCCUGGACCCCCUGCCUUUUCCUCUGGGUGAGCUUCCCCCUCUACUUCGCCUACCUCCGCCGCCAUGGCCGGGGCUACAUCCAAAUGUCUCAUCUCAACAAAGCCAAAACGACCUUGGGCCUCUUACUGUGGCUUGUCUGCUGGGCAGACCUUUUCUACUCUUUCUGGGAAAGAAAUCGCAACAUUGUACGAGCUCCAGUUUUUUUAGUCAGUCCUACAAUUCUGGGCAUAACGAUGCUGCUUGCCACAUUUUUGAUACAACACGAGAGGAUGAAAGGAGUCCAGUCCUCAGGAGUGAUGCUCCUGUUCUGGUUGAUUGCAUUCCUGUGCGCCAUCGUAACGUUCAGAUCCAAAACGAUGCACGCUUCCAACCCGGAUGCAGAAAUUGACGUCUUUCGCUAUACCACUUUCUAUAUCUACUUCACUUUGGUGCUGAUACAGUUUAUUCUCUCCUGUUUCCCAGAACGUCCACCUUUGUUUUCAGAAGACGUUCAAGUUCCUAAUCCCUGCCCAGAGUCCAGUGCUUCCUUCCUCUCCAAGAUCACGUUUUGGUGGAUCUCUGGGCUGAUGAUUCAGGGGUACCGGCAGCCAUUGGAAGCAAAAGAUUUGUGGUCUCUAAACAAGGAAGACACGUCGGAGGAAGUGGUGCCUGGCCUGGCUGACAGCUGGGCCCAGGAAUACGGCCGGGCUCAGAGGCUUCCAAGCCCCAUGUUGUACUCGCCCAAGAAGCCGGCCAAGCUGAGCAACUCCAGUUCGGACGUGACAGAAGAGGCAGAGGCCCUGAUCCUGGGACCGCCUGCCAGGAGCAGGGAGCCCUCGCUGUUCAGGGUGCUCUACAAGACCUUCGGGCCGUACUUCCUGAUGAGCUUCCUCUUCAAGGCCUUCCACGACCUCAUGAUGUUCACGGGACCCGAGCUCUUGAAGUUGCUCAUUAACUUUGUCAAAGACAAAAGUGCUCCCAGCUGGCAAGGCUUCCUGUACACGGGGCUGCUCUUCGUCUCAGCCGGCCUGCAGACGCUGGUCCUCCACCAGUAUUUCCAUAUCUGCUUUGUGACGGGGAUGAGGCUCAAGACGGCGGUCAUCGGGGCCAUCUACCGAAAGGCCUUGGUCAUCACCAAUUCAGCACGGAGGACUUCCACGGUGGGGGAGAUCGUCAACCUGAUGUCAGUGGAUGCCCAGCGGUUUAUGGACUUGGCAACCUACAUCAACAUGGUGUGGUCUGCUCCCUUUCAAGUGAUGCUGGCUUUGUAUCUGCUGUGGCAGAAUUUAGGCCCCUCCGUGUUAGCGGGCGUGGCUGUCAUGUUGCUGCUGGUCCCGGUGAACGCUGUGAUAGCAAUGAAGACCAAAACCUACCAGGUUGCUCACAUGAAGAGUAAGGACAGCCGGAUUAAACUGAUGAACGAAAUCCUCAACGGAAUCAAAGUGCUGAAACUGUAUGCCUGGGAGCUGGCCUUCAAGCGGAAAGUCCUGGAGAUCCGGCAAGAGGAGCUGAAGGUCCUCAAGAAAUCCGCCUACCUCGCGGCCAUGGGCACCUUCACCUGGGUGUGUGCCCCGUUCCUGGUUGCUUUGUCCACUUUUGCUGUUUAUGUGACCGUUUCGGAAGAGAACAUCCUGGAUGCCCAGAAGGCAUUUGUGUCUCUGGCGUUGUUCAACAUCCUCCGGUUCCCCCUCAACAUCCUUCCAAUGGUCGUCAGCAGCAUCGUGCAAGCCAGCGUCUCCCUGAAGCGUCUCCGCGUGUUCCUGUCCCAUGAAGAGUUGGAUCCAGACAACGUUGUCCGAAGUGCCAUCAAAAAUGCGGGCGGCAACAGCGUCAACGUGAAGAGCGCCUCCUUCAGCUGGUCGCGGACUGACCCCCCGGUGCUGAGCAACAUUAACCUUGCCAUUCAGGACUCGUCCCUGGUGGCCGUGGUGGGCCAGGUUGGGUGCGGCAAAUCCUCUCUCUUGUCGGCGCUUCUGGGAGAAAUGGAGAAGCUGGACGGGCACGUCUCUCUCAGGGGCUCCGUCGCUUACGUCCCUCAGCAAGCCUGGAUCCAGAACGCAACCUUGCAGGAGAACAUCAUAUUUGGGCGGGAGCUGAACGAGAGGUCCUACCAGCGGGUGAUCGAGGCCUGCGCCCUUCUGCCCGACUUGGAGAUCUUCCCUUCAGGAGACCAGACGGAGAUUGGAGAAAAGGGGGUAAACCUGUCGGGCGGCCAGAAGCAGAGGGUCAGCCUGGCCCGGGCUGUCUAUGCCGACACUGACGUUUACUUGCUGGACGACCCCUUGUCGGCGGUGGACGCUCACGUUGGGAAGCACAUUUUCGACAAAGUCAUUGGGCCGAAGGGCAUCCUGAAGAAUAAAACCCGGAUUCUGGUGACCCACGGGGUCAGUUACCUGCCGCUGAUGGACACGAUCGUCGUGCUGUCCGAAGGCAAAAUCUCGGAGAUGGGGUCGUACCAAGAGCUGCUGCAGCAAGACCAGGCCUUUGCGGAGUUCCUGCGCACGUACGCCGGGGCAGAUCAGAACGCGGCCGAGGAAGGCAAUGGCUUAAUUGGGCCACCCAGUCCGUUCACGAGGGAAGAAAAACCCCUGGAGAACGGGGUUCUUGCCAGCGAAAGCUCCGUCCAAGUGAUGAGGCAGAUCAGCGUCUCCUCCACGUACAGCAGUGAAACAGAGAAAUCCUUGGUGCGGAGCGGCACUGCUGAGACCCAGAAGGCACCAGAAGGAAAGAACACCUGGAAGUUGACUGAAGCGGAUACUGCCCAGACGGGGAGAGUGAAGAUGGUCAUCUAUUGGGAGUACAUGAAAGCAAUUGGGCUGGGCAUCUCCUUCGUGAGCAUCUUCCUCUUCAUGUGCAACCACGUGGCUUCCCUGGCUUCCAAUUACUGGCUCAGCCUCUGGACGGACGACCCCGUCCUCAACGGGACGCAGCAGCACACCAACCUCCGCCUGGGGGUCUACGGCACCCUGGGGAUAUCUCAAGGCAUCGCGGUGCUCGGCUACUCGAUGGCGGUGUCCAUUGGAGGGAUCUUCGCUUCCCGCCGCCUCCACCUGGACCUGCUGCACGACGUCCUGCGCUGCCCCGUGAGCUUCUUCGAGCGGACGCCCAGCGGGAACCUGGUGAACCGCUUCUCCAAGGAGAUGGACACCAUCGACUCCACCCUCCCGCAGAUCAUCAAGAUGUUCAUGGGCUCACUCUUCAACGUCCUCGGGGCCUGCGUCGUCAUCCUCCUGGCCACACCCAUAGCGGCCGCGGUCAUCCCUCCCCUGGGGCUGGUCUACUUCUUUGUGCAGCGGUUCUACGUGGCCACCUCGCGCCAGCUGAAGCGCCUGGAGUCAGUCAGCCGGUCCCCCGUGUACUCGCACUUCAACGAGACGCUUCUGGGCGUCAGCGUCAUCCGCGCCUUUGAGGAGCAGAAGAGGUUCAUCCGGCAGAGCGACCUGAAAGUGGACGAGAACCAGAAGGCCUACUACCCCAGCAUCGUGGCCAACCGGUGGCUGGCGGUCCGGCUGGAGUCGGUGGGGAACUGCAUCGUCCUCUUUGCCGCCCUGUUUGCCGUCAUCGCUCGGCACAGCCUGAGCCCAGGCUUGGUGGGCCUGUCCAUCUCGUACUCGCUGCAGAUCACCACUUACUUAAACUGGUUGGUUCGCAUGUCAUCUGAGAUGGAGACCAACAUCGUAGCUGUGGAAAGAGUCAAGGAAUACUCAGAAAAGGAGAAGGAGGCCGAGUGGACCUCUGAGCGAUCGGCCACCCCAGGCGGCUGGCCCCACGAAGGGCGGGUGGAAUUCCGGGGCUACAGCCUCCGCUACAGGAGCGACAUGGACCCGGUGCUGCGGAACAUCUCCAUCGUGAUCCACGGGGGGGAGAAAGUGGGCAUUGUGGGAAGAACCGGGGCUGGAAAGUCCUCCCUGACGCUCGGCUUGUUUCGGAUCAAAGAGGCAGCAGAAGGAGAGAUCCUCAUUGACGGGAUUAACAUUGCCAAAAUCGGGCUGCAUGAUCUUCGCUUCAAGAUCACCAUCAUCCCCCAGGAUCCCAUCUUGUUUUCUGGCUCCUUGCGCAUGAAUCUGGACCCUUUUGACCAAUACUCUGACGAAGAUGUCUGGAGGUCUCUAGAGCUUGCUCACCUGAAGACCUUCGUGUCUUCCCUUCCUGACAAGCUCCACCACGAGUGUUCGGAAGGUGGAGAGAACCUCAGUGUGGGUCAGCGGCAGCUGGUGUGCCUGGCUCGAGCCUUGCUGCGGAAAUCCAAAAUCCUAGUUCUGGAUGAGGCCACCGCGGCCGUGGACCUCGAGACAGACAGCCUGAUCCAGUCAACCAUCCGAAUGCAGUUUGAGGGCUGCACCGUCCUGACAAUUGCUCACCGCUUGAACACCAUCAUGGACUAUGCACGGGUGAUUGUCCUCGAGAAAGGCGAAAUUGUGGAGUGCGGGGCUCCUGGCACCCUCAUCGAGAGCGGAGGCAUCUUCUGCGACAUGGCCAAAGACUCCGGCUUGGUUUGACCAGGUGAAGUCGGCCUUCCCCCGCCCCUCGGGUAGAAGCACGGGUGGGCGGGCAGCAUCUGCCGGCACUUCAGCUGUUCAUUCCACUGUGCAAAGACCUGGCACUGGCUGCUUCCUCCCCCGCCCCAUUCUGGGCCCUUGCUCGGUGGGGGGCACAGCUGCGUGGAGUGCGGAGGGGGUUCCCCUGACACGGAAGACCGUCUGGCUGGAUUUACCAUCUGCACAAAAAAACCUGUAUUUUAACUUAUUCUGGUGGUGGGAGAAAGGCUCCAGAGGAGCAGUAUGGUUUGGCUGUAGAUUUAGAAAGGGCCCCUUCAGCUUUUAACAGCUUCAGCCAAGAUUCAAAUGUUGCAGCAGGUUAAAUGCUGCUAUGAUGCAAAAAAGCAAAAUUAUUAUUUCUGCCUGAUUGUUUCCCCCCUUAGGGCUGGUUUCCCCCCCCCUCAGGCGCCUUCUUGGCUUAUAUCCUCCUUUACUUGGGAAGCCUUGGUUAAGUUUUAAGUGAAGGAAAACCCUGGACCAGCAUGGGAGCUUAGAAGCAUCAGUUGGAAUAAUGUGGGCUUUUUUUUUCCCUAAGGGGGGGGGGAGCCCCAGACAUCUCUUUUCAUAGAGUACUAUUAUUUAUUUAAUAUUUGUAAAUAAAUUUCUCUGAAGUUAAGCUGACUGAAACUUACUUUGGUACUUUUGUAAUGACUCACAGAAGGCAUUUUCAGUAAAUUGGUUUUUGGUUGGAGAA